AUGGCGACGACGAAUAAAGAGGUCUACCACGAAGGCUGGCUCAUCAAAUCGCCACCGACGAAACGUAUCUGGCGUGCGCGAUGGCGAAGGCGUUGGUUCACACUCAAGCAGGGUGAGCUGCCCGGUCAGUUCUUUCUCGAGUACUACACCGACCGCAAAUGCCGUAAGCUGAAAGGCAUCAUCGAUCUCGACCAGUGCGAACAAGUAGACGCUGGGCUGCGGCUCGAUCGACAGAAGGAAAAGUACGCACACAUGUUCGACGUGAAGACACCGACCCGUACCUACUAUCUGGCCGCGGACACCGAGGAAGACAUGCGCGGAUGGGUGAACUGUAUCUGCCAGGUGUGCAGCCUGCAGGAAACACAAACCGUCGACGAUCGGCCAUAUUACAAUAUCGGUGCGAUCAAUAUGGCGGAUGCGGUUAACAUGGCGGACACGGUAGUCGAGACGAGACCACCAGCAAGAUCAACCAGCAACGGUGUCGCAAUAACAGCAACGGAAACGGACGUGUCGAACGAAACAGAAACCACCAUGCUAAAUCAUUCGGUGGCGUGUGAAGCAACAGCAGACCAGCAGUCGCAACAACAGCCAGCUCAGUCGCAGCAAAAGCGCGCCCCAGCAGCUUACAACCCAUACGGCACGUACCAGAACGAGGAAAUGAUGGGCUUCCGUUCGAUGGAUUACACCAACCGGGAGACGAUCAUCUGUGAGGCGAAGUUGGGUCAACCCGCAUCAAACGCGGCAGAAGCAUACUCCAAUUUGGACGUCAUUAUCGAACGCUCACAAUCGCUGCGUGGUAAACCGAGCUCGAAAAGCGGUGAAUCAUCCUCUUCCCCGGCUACGAACGGCAUUGGUGCUGGCAGCCCGAUGGUACACCAUAUGCGUACACAAUCGCUUAAUAUUGAGCAGCACCAACAGCAGCAACGCGGUGGAAAGAAGAUCCCGGAGAAUCUUAAGCUAUCCGAUCGUUCCCCGUCGACGAGUGCGUUCGACAGUGGACCGGAACAACCGUCCCCGGCACUGAGCACCUCGUCCGGUCCGUACAUACCGAUCAGUGAGUGUUAUUCGGGCAGUCCGGUUACACCGCUGAAUUCGCUGGAUCCGCGGUUCUACGAGACACCGCGCAGUCACACGAACAUUGGCUUCAAUCUCGUCAACAAUGAGCAACCGUACUCGCCAAAGAGAAACAACGUCGGUGGAGGACCGCUGGCAGCGACCGGUAAUGGUGGACCAUCGUCACUGGCGGUGACGAUGAAAGGAGUUGGACUACCGAUUAGUGGCAGUGGUAAAUCUAGUCCGUCCGAUUCGGAAAGUGUGUUUACGGAUGACGAAUGGACGGCAGCGGGAUCGCCGGGUGAUGGAUCGCGGAGUGGCAAAGAGGGAGGAGGCCGAGGAGGAGGAGGAGGUACAGGGGGGAAAAGUGGAACGAUCGAUCGGAACACCCGACCGUCGGAUAGCUCGAUCGAGAACGAUGCCGUCGGGUGGACGUAUGUGCAGCGCUUUUCCAAAGUGCCCAACACGGAGCAGUCGCAAACUGCAACCACUUCCGGCAACGGAAGCGGGUUGGUGGCUAAUGCGGCCGGUGCACCACCGAGACCACCGAAGCGAACGAGCAUGAACUUGGAAGGCAUCGAAAAAACCAAGGAUCUUAUAUCUUCCGACACGGAAAAUGUUUCCCCUGCCAUCGGACCGAGAGAAGCUAGUGCGCAUAUCGAACAAUUCUACGAUAUUCCACGGUCUCAUCAGCAUCCGUAUACCGGUAGCAGUAUGCAUUUGCCCGAUGGGGAUUUGCUCUCUCCGCUCAGUCAGUGUGAUCUGGUCGCUUCCAGCACACCGAACCUGAUCAGUGAUUUCGGUACCGGCAGUCAGUGCGGUACGCUCGGACGUCCUCGGCCCCAUUGCUACACGAACGCAGCCCCGACAAAGGUGGAAGGCAAUGUGUUUCGGUUUGAUUUCAGCGAACAGCCUGAUUCAUCAGCGCCGGCCAUUAAUCGUCGCCUAAAGCCACGCUCUUCGUUCGAUAUUACCAAAUCGGUCGAGUCCGUAGCGCAGGGUGUAAAGCAACAGAUUUCUCUCGGUGGAAAUGGUUCCGCCACACCGGCUCCCGUUCCCAACAAUGCCACCGGUGGUGGUGGACAGCAAUCGGCCAAAAGUCCUCCAACGGUCGAUCGUACACGAAAACCGGCUACUCCAAAGAUCGGUACUAAUUCGAUGCGCCGAAAGGGUGGACCCGUUUCUUUGAAUCUUGCAUCGAAUCAAACGACCGAAAGCACGUAUGGUAACACUCAGGAUGCAAACAUUUCUUUGCUAUCGGUCAUAUCACCGCGCGCGGCCGGCAAAAAUGAAGAUCGUCUGCAGUAUCUUGAUCUGGACCAUUCGAAUAGUCCGCAAAAAACGAACCAAAGCACCAUCUACUCCGGUCCGAGCAGUAUCGGUGGUUAUGCGGGUGCGGGUGGAAAUAGUACCAACCACCAUAAUAAUCAUCCCGUGGUGACUUCCAGUUCCUUAUCACAUGAUAGCGGUGCAGGAUCGUCACGGCAUCAUCAUCAUCAUCGGGACGGUGAUACGGGCACCGCAAAACCAAUCGUUCAAACUAGCCGCACACCGUACACGACGGUUGAUUUCGUUAAAACCGAUGCCUUCAAUCGGGUACGCGCGGAUUCGGAACUAACGCGCGCUCAGUCACGCCUCAAGGAUCAAACGUCCUAA